AUGGACGACGACGUAAAACGGCUCGAAGCUGAGGCUGUCACGCUCCGAAGGGUGGCCUUCGUGGGCGUCGCCAUAUCAACAGUGGCAACAUUAGUUUGUGUGGUUUCUGUGCCAUUGCUCUACAAUUACAUGCAACAUAUGCAGUCAAUAAUGCAGAGUGAAGUGGACUUCUGUAAAUCACGGUCGGGUAACAUAUGGCGGGAGAUCACUCGUACACAGGUGAGUGUGGUCGGAUUCAUUGCAAAUUUACUUUUAAUUCUGAAAGUUGCGAAUAACUUAACGAAUAAUUGGGGACCAUGUUGUCUAUGCAGUGCAUAGUU